AUGGGAGUGAUUGAUGAUUUAUGUCAACUUGAAAUUUUGGAUGAAAAUAACAUUCUACAAACAUUAAAGAAACGAUAUGAAAGAGACAGAUUCUAUACGUAUAUUGGUGAUAUAUUGGUCGCAGUCAAUCCCUGUAAACCAACCAAUAUUUUUGAUGAAAGAAACCAUGCAUCUUACUCUAGUGUAUCGGUGCGAAGUAACAACCCUCCUCAUCUUUUUUGGGUUGCUGACCAAUGUUAUAGGAACAUGUUGGAUUCUGGUAUGAGCCAAUGUAUCCUAGUGAGUGGUGAAUCAGGAGCCGGCAAAACAGAAUCAUCUAAAUAUAUCAUUCGUCAUUUGAUGCAUGUUAGCUCUAGUGAGGACAGGCAAUAUCUGGAUAAAAUAGUUCAGGUGAAUCCUUUACUUGAAGCUUUUGGUAAUGCUUCAACUGUUGUUAAUAACAACUCGAGUAGAUUUGGUAAAUUUGUGGAACUCUAUUAUAAAGACAAUGGUGAAAUAUUAGGAGCAAAAUUUCAUGAUUAUAUAUUGGAGAAAUCUCGAGUGGUUCACAGAUGUCGCGGAGAAAAAAAUUUCCAUAUUUUCUACGCCUUACUUGCUGGAAUGUCCCGGGAGAAACUGCUGUAUUACUUCUUGGAAGAUCCAAAUCAUUACAGAAUACUCAAAGAUGCUAAUACCAAUCAACCAGUAUUUGGUUCUAAAAACCAAUUGUUGUAUUAUAAACAGAUGUAUGAUAAUUUAACUAAUAUCAUGUAUCAAAUAGGAUUUACUGAAGAGGAUUUGACUUUCAUCCACAUGACGAUUUCGGCCAUACUGAAUCUAGCUAACAUUGAAUUCAUACCGAAUCUAGAUGCCGAAGGUGUAACAAUAGCUGAUGACUAUCCACUGAAGGCUGUUUGUAAUCUACUGCGUAUAUCUGAUACACAAGGCUUUAUGGAUGCAUUGGUAUCACAAGUUAAUAUAAUUCGAGGUGAAAGUUUCAGAUGUCCAAAGAAUGAAAGAGAAGCCAACAACAGUCGUGAUGCUUUGUGUAAAGAACUGUAUGCGAGAUUAUUUGGGUGGAUCGUGGGUCAGAUAAACAGAAAUCUCUCCUCGGAUAGUCUGCUGAACAGAAACUCUACCGAUGGACCAUCCAUUGGUCUUUUAGACAUGUCUGGAUUUGAGAAUUUUGAAAGAAACAGCUUUGAUCAAUUUCUCAUCAAUGUGUCCAAUGAACGUCUCCAGCAACACUUUAUGGACUAUGUAUUUCCACGAGAGCAGAAAGAGUAUGAAAUAGAGGGAAUAAAUUGGACUGAUAUUACGUACCGAUCUAAUGAAGAUGUUUUAGAGUUGAUAUUUUUGAAAUCCUAUGGUAUUUUACCACUGCUGGAUGAAGAGUCAACAUUUCCACAAUCUUCGGAUGCUUCACUUGUCCAUAAACUGAAUCGUUACUGUAGUCCUAAUGAUAGAUAUAUACCACCAAAAGGAAACCAUUGCAUCUUCGGAGUGUCACAUUAUGCGGAAAAGGUAUACUAUGAUGCUGAAGGGUUUUUAGAAAGAAAUAGAGAUAAACUUAGUAGUGAUAUAGUUAACUGUCUCGUUAAUUGUCAAAAUGAAUUUAUUAGAGAAUUAUUAACUGCUUCUUUAUCAGCAACCGGUACCAUAUCAGAUUUUGCAAGUAAAUCUACAUCCCGUCCUACAUUACCCCAAUCCUGGCCAAAUAUAGGUCAACAAGACAACAAUGUUUCUAGUCCUGUUUUUCAACAUACUAGUUUAAAUGAAAGAUCCAGCAGUUCAUCAAGUCUAUCAACAUCUCUUAGAUCCAAACCCACAGUUACUAGUCAUUUUAAGCGAUCUCUAGCUGAUCUGAUCUCUAAACUGAACCGUGCUCAACCAUUGUUUGUUAGAUGUGUGAAACCAAACACUACUCUAGCACCAAAUCAAUUUGACACAGAACUUGUUAGAAGGCAGUUAAGGUGUAAUGGUCUAAUGGAAAUAACACAGUUAAGGCGAGAUGGAUUUCCUAUAAGAAUACAUUACCAGGAUUUUUCAGAAAGGUAUGGCGAACUCUUAAAUAAUCUUGAUUUGGAAGACGUUGGAACUGGUUCUAUCUUGACAAGAUGUCAGGAAAUUUGUGAUAAAAAUGGUAUAAAGGAUUAUCAGUUGGGUCGAACUAAGGUAUUCCUGAAAUUAGAACACAAGGAACUACUGGAUACUGUUUUAAAGCAAAAGAAGACAGAGAAAAAGUUGAGGGAGUCACAAGCCUCAUUGUUGACUAUUAUGACAGAAAGUGAAGAUUUCAGUUAUUACAAUCUGUCCAGAGAUAGUGGUCAUGCUUCUACAGACUGUCUGAAUUUACAACCCAAUAAUCGCAAUUAUGGUAAAAGACUAUCUGUACCCAAUCUGGCAGCUUCGGGAUUGUCCGAUGUUGAUUUGUCGAGAAGAAGGAUGACCAUGGCUAAUAUAUCAGAAAGUUUAAAUUGCUUGCUGAAACCACCAGACCCUCAAGGAACUUCUAGAAACACCAGCCACCGUCCCAGCAUUUCUUACAACGAUGGACACACUACACCGCCAGAUAUGAUGCGUCCAUACGAUGUUUUUCAAGUCAAAGAACGAGAAGUCGACGAUGAUGAGGCUAUAUUUAAAGAAAUCCUAAAAUGUAUUCGAUUAUUUCUGUAUUUAUUCGUGGUGAUUGUGAUAUUAGCUAGUACUGUAGCUAGUCGAAUCUCAUUACUGCUCAUGACAUCUGGAAUUAAAGGGGAUGAAAAGUCGAAAGGAGAGAGUUCUGUUGUACUACUGUUUUGUUUGUGUUCACCGAUCUUAUGGAGCUGGUUAAAUGCCGUCAUGAAAAUAUUGUUUGGUGGCAAAGAAUGGCCGUCUUUGAAAAUGUUUAUCAUCAUGUUGCUGCUGGAAAUGAUGCAGAUAGUGGGCAUGUCGUUGUUGCUAUUCCGAGUUCUACCGGGUACCGAUUUUUUUCGUGGUAUCACCGUGACAUUUACCAUCUUUCAAAUUCCAGGAUUCCUCAGUUUGAUUUUUCACGAAAAGAAAAUAGCUUGUAGUUUGUGGGAUUAUUUGAAAAUGUUUUGUUCUCUAUUGGCCUUUGUUUGUCAAGCUGCUGCUUUAUUCUUCUUCACUAUAUCUGAUUUUACCAGUGUGGGCGAUCAUACACUACUCCAAAUAUUCGACAAUUCAAGGAUUAACAUAGAAUUUUCUUCAUUGAAAUGGGAGCUUCCAGUGGCGGCCAUUUUGAUUUCUGUUGGUUGGAUUGAGAAUUUUAUAUCAGGAGAAUGGAGUCUUUGUGGCAAGAUACGACCCUCUUUCAGAAGUUGGCGAUGUGAAAUGCAAGAUGUCAAAGAAACGUCUUUUUUCUUAAUUGGUCCUUUGAAAAUUGGAAUGGCAGUGCUCAUGGCGUAUCUUUUGGUGGAUGCACCAUUUAAACUACCAGAUACAAGUAAUGACGAUCCUGAUUCCAAUGAUGCAAUAGCACAUUUUACAACCUACAGUUUAAUGUAUCUACAUAUCGGCUCCGGAAUCGUCUGUACUUAUUUAGCCGGUAUGGCUUGUAAGCUCCAUAUGCAGAAAACAGCCUUUGCCCUACCGUUACUCCUGUCACCACCGAUCAGUUUAAUGUGUAUUUAUCUACAAUGUCAGUAUAUGUUUAUUCCGUCACAUUGGUUUGUGGGGAAUUGGAUGUGCUCCGACGUCGAAAUCAAUAAAAUGAUCAUUCCACUUGGCUGUGCUGGUGCCCUCUGGAUUUCCUAUUGCUUAAUUGUCUCACAUGUGUGGUUUCCUCAAUGUGAACGAAUGGCUAAAACAGAAAAGUUGUUUGUGACCCCUCACUAUGAUGGAAUAUUUCCUGAUUUUAACCUUACAAUGAGAAGGAGAAGGAUUGAUCAGGAAGUUCGACGAACUCGAAGAGAUAGUGUUACUGGUAAACUUACAGAGGAUUAUAUAAUACCUACUAUCUACGCAUGCGCAACAAUGUGGCACGAGACUAGACAGGAAAUGACGCAACUUCUCAAAUCUCUGUACAGAUUGGAUUAUGUACAAUGUGCCAGUCGUUUAGCUCAACAGCAAUUUCGAAUCAGAGAUCCUGAUUAUUACAACUUUGAAAUUCACAUUAUAUUUGAUGAUGCGUUUGAAAUAGAUGAUGACUUUAAUAAAUAUGUUCCAAAUGGUUUUGUUCAACAGUUGAUAGAGUGUAUGGAAGAUGCUGCAAGAUCAGUAGUUAAAGGACCAAUUAUAAUCGCACCACCAGUAAAAAUACCAACACCAUACGGAGGACGUCUGGUCUUUACCAUGCCUGGUCAAACAAGAAUGAUAGUCCAUAUCAAAAACAAGAACAUGAUACGACACAGGAAAAGAUGGUCUCAGUGUAUGUAUAUGUAUUAUCUACUUGGAUACCGCCUACUGGGAGGUAAAGAUUCUGAUAUGAGAACAGUUGACGAAACAGAACUACAUGAGCAUGAAGGAGAAGAUAAUAACAGAGUCAGAAACAGGAAGAAAGGAAAAUCAAAGAGGAAACAAAAAACUGCACCACUCAGAUCUCUUCUAAUGCGAAUGACACCAGAAAAAUACGAAAAGGUCAUGCAACAAGCAGAAAACACCUUCAUUCUGGCUUUGGAUGGUGAUGUUGAUUUCAAACCAGAAUCAGUUAAAUUGUUGAUUGACAGAAUGAAGAAGAACAAGAAGGUCGGAGCUGUUUGUGGAAGAAUUCAUCCUAUUGGGUCAGGUCCUAUGGUGUGGUAUCAACAAUUCGAGUAUGCUGUAGGCCAUUGGUUACAGAAGGCUGCCGAACAUGUAUUCGGAUGUGUAUUAUGUUGUCCCGGAUGUUUUAGUUUAUUUCGGGCCUCGGCGUUGAUGGAUGACAAUGUUAUGAAGAUGUACACUACUAAACCAACUGAAGCAAGACAUUACAUUCAAUUUGAACAAGGCGAAGAUAGAUGGUUAUGUACCCUACUGCUUCAGCAAGGACAUCGUAUAGAUUACUGUGCCGGUGCCGACGCUUUAACAUUUGCUCCCGAAACGUUCAAUGAGUUCUUUAAUCAACGUCGUCGGUGGUCUCCCUCCACACUCGCAAACAUGAUGGACUUGUUGUCUUCUUGGAGGGAAACCUGUCGAAUCAACGAUAAUAUCAGUCGUCCAUAUAUCUUAUACCAAUUUAUUCUCAUGGCAUCUACGAUUCUUGCACCAUCAACAGUGGUAUUGAUGAUCACUGGCUCCUAUCAUUCGGUGUUUGGUAUUGAUAUGUGGUGGUCUUACGUCAUAUCAGUAAUACCCGUGGCUAUUUACAUCGUUAUAUGUAUGACACAGAAAAACAACCUUCAAAUAACUGCUGCUGCGGCAUUGACGGCCAUGUACACAGUCGUGAUGAUGAUAGCAACAGUUGGGACAUUUAUCAGUAUCGCCACAGAGAGCUUCAACAGUCCUAAUGUAGUAUUUUUGAGUGGUCUUGCCAUUAUAUUCGUGGUUGCUGGAUUGCUUCAUCCCCAAGAAUUGUUCUGUCUUAUAUAUGGUACCUUAUAUUUCAUGGUGGUUCCUUCAACAUUUAUUCUGCUGACGGUAUAUUAUUUGUGUAACCUAAACAACGUUUCUUGGGGUACUCGAGAAACACCAAAAAAAUUAACACCUGAAGAGGAAGCCGAACAGAAAAUCCUGGCUGAAGAAAAGGCCAAGAAAAAGAAUCGCAGUUUCUUCAGUUUACUGGGAAUCGCUGCUAUUAUAAACGAAUUAAGGGAUGCCAUCAAAACAUUAAUGGGUCUGAAACAGGAAAUAGAUCAUAAGAACAAUCCAGGAGCAAUUCCGCCACCACCACCUCCCCCACCUUUCCCUAAUCCGACAGUACCAAUUGUUCAUCCAGUAUCUAGACCAACACGACCUGAAAACAAAUUACCCACAGGUUACGAACAAGAUCCUGACAAUCCUCAUUGGAUUAAUCUGGAAUUAAUUGGUAACGGUCCAGUAGAAUAUCUACCAGAAAGCGAAGAGGAAUUUUGGCAAUAUCUUAUCAAGAAAUACUUACACCCUCUUAACGAAGAUAAAGCCCAUAAACAGAAAAUCAAAGAAGACUUGGUUUUGAUCAGAAACAACGUAGUUUUCAUAUAUUUUAUGCUUAACUUCUUGUGGACAGUUUUGGCACUUCAACUACAGAACAACCAAGAUAAGUUAAGUGGCUUCUAUAUUGUGGAAAAGUAUGAACCACUGUCCUUGGCAUUUUUAGUAGUGUUCGCUUUGGCCUUGGGUCUCCAAUUUGUGAGUAUGUUUCUCCAUCGUUGGGGAACCUUCCUGCACUUGAUGUCCAGUACAAGGAUUGAUUGGUGUAAGAAGACUCACAGUGAAGAAGACUUUGCACGAUUUGUUGUCAGUGAAACUAGAAAACUCCAGAACUUGGAACCAGACCCAGAUUAUGAAAUGGACGAUGAUGCGUAUACUGUGGAUAUGACUGAAACGGACCUAUCGGAUAUCAGCUCGGUUCAUUCAGAAUUUUACGAAACAAUGAACAGAAAUACAUUACGAACUUUGAGACACCCAUCUUAUAACAGUGAGGUGCCAGUACUACAAACAAUCUUUCAACAGAAUCUACAGCAUUUACAACAUAAGUGGAAACAAGGUACCUUGGCAGUCAGAUCCAAUAGAAAUAAUGACUAUUUCAGGCGUUGGGGUCAACCAGGGUCAAGUGCUAUGAGAGAUAGGCUUUAUACUCAGACUUUUCAACCAGAACCUAGAGAUCGUUUUGAGGGAAUAAGAAUUGUGUAA